AACUACCUGUGUUUGGUUUUUAAUUAUUCAUCUUCCUAAAAUGAAACUCUCUCUCUAUUAAUCUUUCAUUGCAAGAACCAGAAAACUCAAAUCUUCAUUUGGGUUCCCUUGUCAAUUCCUUUUGAAUGAUCAGCUAUGGAAGCAAACAUGGAGGAGGAGAAGAAACCAUUGAUAUCAGUGCCUGCAAUCAGUCUUGAUUUGCUCAAAAAAGAGUCGACGAUGCCACCGAUAUCGCCAAGAUCUUCAUCAAUUCAUGAUGGUACUGGUGCUGCUGCACAGCAGAUGGCAGGGAUGAUUAAGAGGAGUACAUCAUUGCAUGUAUCAUCACCAAGAGGAGGCUCAGCCAAGGGAAGAUCAAACUGCCUUUGCUCGCCCACGACCCAUGCUGGCUCGUUCCGGUGCAGAUACCAUAGAUUUUCUGUAUCUGGAAUGCAAAGGGGAGGUUCUGUUGGUUCCAAUCUGUCAGAAUUGGCAGCUAAGCAGCAAUCCAUAAGAGACUUGACUUAAUUUCAAUUUAAUUAAGUUGAUUAAUUGUGUGAUUAUUUAUUGU